GACAUUCUUUGAGCAGAAGGCGGCGGCAAUGCGUCUAAUUUUCAGGAUAAGCAUCUGACAGAAGAAGAACGUGUGCGCGGAUAGGUGGAAAGUUUCGCGCACUCAAGCUUCCUGGGCGCACGUGCUUGUGUAACCGGUUAUACUUGUAUGCGGGCCUCGCCUUCAGUACGGUUGACAAUCACUGAUCUCCACUUUGUGUGUCCAGAGAAUCAACAAUCAUGUCUUCACCAAACAGCCCAAAUGUGAGCAAAGAAACAUGGGACUCGCACAACAAGAUGAUGUUGGAGCCUCUGGCCGUCAGCGACUCUGAGGUGUUCUCCAUCAUAAAAAAAGAGAAACACAGGCAGACAUAUGGUCUGGAGUUGAUCGCGUCCGAGAACUUUGCCAGCAGAGCUGUUCUCGAGGCUCUGGGUUCCUGUAUGAACAACAAGUACUCUGAGGGAUAUCCUGGUCAGAGGUACUACGGUGGUACGGAACAUGUUGAUGAGCUGGAGAGGCUGUGUCAGAAGAGGGCGCUGGAGCUCUACGGUCUGGACUCAGAGAAAUGGGGCAUCAACGUGCAGCCGUACUCUGGUUCACCUGCUAACUUUGCUGUCUACACGGCCAUCGUGGAGCCUCACGGCAGGAUCAUGGGGCUGGACCUUCCUGAUGGAGGUCACCUGACUCAUGGCUUCAUGACCGAGAAGAAGAAAAUCUCAGCGACGUCCAUCUUCUUUGAGUCUAUGCCAUAUAAGGUGAAUCCAGAAACUGGCUACAUUGACUAUGACAGACUGCAAGAAAACGCACGACUGUUCCACCCCAAACUCAUCAUUGCAGGAGUAAGCUGCUAUUCCCGCAACCUUGACUACGCCCGCAUGAAGCAGAUCGCUAAUGAGAACGGUGCAUAUCUGCUGGCAGACAUGGCUCACAUCAGUGGGCUGGUGGCCGUGGGAGCGGUGCCCUCGCCCUUUGAGCACUGUGACAUUGUCUCCACAACAACACACAAGACGCUGCGCGGCUGCCGUGCUGGGCUCAUCUUCUACAGGAAAGGUGUUCGAAGUGUGGACGCCAAGGGGAAGGAAACUCUUUACAACCUGGAGUCUCUCAUCAAUCAGGCUGUGUUUCCUGGGCUGCAGGGAGGACCACACAACCACGCCAUUGCAGGUGUUGCUGUCACUCUCAAACAGGCCAUGACAGCGGAGUUCAAGGCCUACCAGAUGCAGGUUCUUGCCAACUGCAAAGUUCUGUCCAGUGCUCUCAUCGACCACGGCUACAAGAUUGUCACUGGCGGCUCUGACAACCAUCUGAUCCUGCUGGACCUGCGCAGCAAAGGGACUGAUGGAGGACGAGCUGAGAAGGUUCUAGAAGCCUGUGCCGUUGCUUGUAAUAAGAACACCUGUCCAGGGGAUAAGAGUGCUUUACGUCCCAGUGGUCUGAGGUUUGGCUCUCCAGCUCUGACCUCCAGAGGCUUGAUGGAGGAUGACUUCAGGAAGGUGGCCGAGUUUAUUCACAGAGGAAUUGAGCUGACCUUGGAGGUGCAGAAAAGCCUGGAUCCCAAAGCCACUCUGAAGGAGUUCCUUCAGGCACUGUCUCAGGGAGAGAAGUUCCAGCAGCGAGUAGCAGAGAUCAGGGCUGAGGUGGAGGCGUUCGCUGGCCGCUUCCCCAUGCCCGGCCUGCCUGAGCUGUAGACGGCAGCAGUUCAGACACUUGUGGUUUUGGUGGUGUGUGUAUAUUGAAUGUUGACAUAUUAAAACUGUCAGUGCUCAAAUCAA